GCACGACGGACAGCUAAUAUUUUGACGUGUGCUGGUCCUUACAGAAGGGUGUGUUUACGUUCACGUCACAGCAGUUUGCCGAGAGGAUUAAGUUCUGAUAUAUCAGCAUCAUGUUCCACGGGAUACCAGUUACAGGAGGUGUAGGAGGAGCUCCGGCCAAUAAACCAGAGUUAUAUGAGGAAGUGAAAUUAUACAAAAAUGCAAGGGAACGAGAGAAGUAUGAUAACAUGGCCGAGUUGUUUGCUGUUGUCAAGACCCUGCAGGCCCUGGAGAAGGCUUACAUCAAAGACUGUGUCACACCUAAUGAGUACACUGCUUCCUGCUCCAGACUCUUGGUGCAGUAUAAGGCUGCUUUCAAACAGGUGCAGGGCUCUGACGUUGGCUCCAUCGAUGAUUUCUGCAGGAAGUACAGACUCGACUGUCCACUAGCCAUGGAAAGGAUUAAGGAGGAUCGCCCAAUCACCAUCAAGGAUGACAAGGGCAACCUGAACCGCUGCAUUGCAGAUAUCGUUUCUCUCUUCAUCACUGUGAUGGACAAGCUGAGACUGGAGAUCAGGGCCAUGGAUGAGAUCCAGCCAGACCUGAGGGAGCUGAUGGAAACCAUGAACAGAAUGAGCAACAUGCCCCCAGACUCAGAGGCUAAGGACAAAGUCAGCCUCUGGUUGACCACCCUCAGCAGCAUGUCGGCCUCAGACGAAUUGGAUGAUAAUCAGGUGCGCCAGAUGCUGUUUGACCUGGAGUCGGCCUACAACGCCUUCAACCGCUUCCUCCACUCCUCCUAAAGCAUCUCUUCAUCAUUGAAUCAUCUGUCUGAGAUUCUGACUCUUGAUACCUGCUAAGUUAAAAGAAAUGCUCUACUUUCUCCUUAUGGUUAUUGGUAGGGAGGGGCUUUAAGUCCGGGGACAGGUUUUCUCUCACCUGCUUCCCCAAUUAUUUCCCUUUCUAUCUCUAAAUUUGUUCCCUAUGUGUUUAUCCAUGUUUCGCACAAUUCAAACUCCCAUCACCUUGUAGAGUAUACUCCACUGUUUGUGGUACAUCGUGCUGCUUGCAGCCUUGCCUUCUGGGCUCUUCCUGUGCUGUGAGAUGCUCCAUUGGCCUGUUUUCUAGCCAAACGUGUGUGAUAAAUCCUUUAACUCUGGCUGUUAAUUCUGAUCUUGACAAAACAGUUAACUUCUAACUUUGUACUGUAAUUUCAAAAAAGGUCUAAUUUUAUACUUAAGUUUUGCAGAGCACCAACAGAGAAGCAUGAAUCAAUUAUAUUGGACAUAUUCUGCACAUGAAGAAAAGGUUGCAACAGCCAAAGCCUUUUUAUUAUUGGAAAGAUAAAUAUAUAUUUUUUUCUUUAUGGUACCCUAAAUGUAUCCACUAUCUGCCACCUGGGGACAUUUUUUUUGUUCUGUGUACCACAAUUGUUUUCCCAUUACACAAGUUUGUAAUGUAGAAUCCUACACUAGCGUUUGUCAAUAGAGUAAAAGAAGCCAACGUAGGUAACAGUUCAUCUUCUUUGUCUGUCGAUUAACUGAUAAAAUGCAGCUGAAAUAAUUGUUUGGACUCUGAAGAUGAUUAGACUGCACUUCACAUUAAUCAUUAUAUUGAAACUAUUGUGGAAGGAAAUGCUUUUGUUUGUUUGUCUACAUUUUGUCCUAUGUUAACAUGCCUAAUCCAUAUUUCCUUUAGAAGUGAGGGUUUGGCCACAUUAAGUGGGCAAAAGAGAGGUGGACACCCCCCCCCCUUAUUUUGCUUACUAAAUAUGUUUCAACCCUCAAACACCAUUAGGGAGAACAUAUUUAUUAAGAUUUAUCAUUGUAAAUAAUAGUUUUGAUUUUUAAAUAAAAGCAUGUAACAUCUUUUUAGAAAUAAAGUUGAAAAGUCUA